UGGCUCGAGGGCGGACUCGCCCGCAGCGCCGCCGCCGCCGCCUGCGGCCUUCGCCCUCUCCCCCCCCCUCCCCCUCCUCUCCUCGCGAACCCCGCCUGUCUCCCCCCCCCGCUCGGCCUCCACGGCCGCGCAGCCUGCGCUAAGCCGUGGGCUCAUGUGGUCCACGUGCUGCAGCGUCACAAAGUCCAGACCCAGCGGCCAGUUCGACCAGGGCACGCCCCGCAGAGAGGCCGACCAGGACCAGCAGGGGCUGAAGGAGCAGGGCGAGCACGACAACGCGAGGCAGGAGGACGAGCAGGAGCUGCAGCGCCUGGAGCAGGAGAGGCGCGAGCAGGAGGCCCAGGAGAACGAGGAGCGAGAGUUAGAACGUCGCCGAGAAGACGAACGGGCGAAAGAGCGGCAAGAAGCGGAGGAGGCCGAACAGGAGCGGCAGAAACUGGCCGAGGAGGCGCAUAGAGCGAACAAGGAGAAGGAAGAGCGGACCGCCAAAGUCGUGGAGUGGAUGAAGACCCAUGGCUUCAGUGAGGACAUUUCCGAGAUCAACAUGCAUAAAACGUUCGGCGGCUGCUGCUCGGCGACGUCCAUGGCCCCGCUGCACCUGGCCGCCCAGAAGGGAGACCAUGAGAUGGUCGAGCUGAUGGUGAAGACGGGCGCCAGAGUGGACGAGCUGGACGGCAAGCGACGAACGGCGGAGCCGACUCCUCCUAGUUGGAGCCGGAGAUGACCGCCGACGGCAGCUGCACCGAGCAGCAAGUGGCCCAGCGCUGCAACAAGAAGGGCUCGCACGACGCGACGCUGCAGAGUCUGAAGGACACCCGGCCGAGCGGGCGUGUGCUCGGCCGGGGCUGCGGCGGAGCGGGGAGUAACCCAGCAGCAUUCGAAGACGAGCAGAUGGCAUAUACACCAUGUGGUGGCGUUCCGCGUGGAUUUUUCGGAUCGGCGCUGGGCCCGCUCCCUGGCGCGCGGACCUUUCCAGGGGCAGCGCCGGAGGCGCCGCCAAGGUGGCCCCAGCGCAGAUCCGAGAAAUCCGCGCGGAGCUCUAACAGUUGUUGUUUCAUUGCUUGUUCCCCGAAGCAUGCAGACCGAGACCGCGGGAGCGCACCUUGCCAGAUGUGACUCUCGUUUGUCGGGCUUCGUCCUCUUCGCUUCUUCCUCGUCCUUCCUCUUCCCGGCCUUCCCGAGCUUGGUCGACCGCGCUCCUCUGUCUUCCUCCUGCUCGUCGUCCUCUUUUGUAGCCGUCUGGGGGUCUCAGGUGG